AUGUUUCACGGUGUUGACAAGGCGGUUGAGGCGCUGCUUCGUGGCCAAGAAAGCGCUACUCGCUUGAAGACGGUGCUCGAACACUCGAGGACAGGCUCAGUUCCCACCGAGCCUCUCUUUGAUACCGUUCUUGAUUCCUUUUCCUUUGCUCUUUCUCUUUUUACAAACGUCACUUCUUCUAACCCCCAACCACACCGUGAGUCUUCUCAGAACAAGGCAGCUCCCGUUGCUCGAAAAUCGCCGAAAAAAACGAGCAAUGGGGAAAACGGUUUAGAGCACUACAUAGAUGAUUCACCAACUCCGCUCCUCAACGACGGUUUUUCUUGGAGGAAGUACGGACAAAAGAAAAUCAAAACUUCUUCCCACCAAAGGUGUUACUAUCGUUGUGCCUAUGCCAAAGACCGAAACUGCAAUGCUACAAAGCGGGUGCAGCAGAUCCAAGACACUCCUUCGGUGUUCAGAACAACUUAUGUCGGAAAACACAUCUGUGAGGUUGAUGCUUUUUCGCAGCAUAAUGACGAUAUCACAAACGGUUCCAAGAUGAUCCGGUUCGACAAAAUCGACCAACCCAUGUCGGAAUUGGUUAUGCCUCAACUCGUUCCAGUAGACAACCAAGUCAUUACCAUCGAAGACGACGAAGGCACGGACCAAAUCAUGAACCUAGAAUGUGAUAGUAACGAGUUCUUGGUGGAUGAUGACCAGCUAUGGGCGUAUCAGUUUCCUCCGUCUUCUCCUGGAAAUUUUAUGUUCUUGGACGAUAUUUCAGCUGCUUUUGAUUACAAUCCUUUCCACUUUGAACAAGCACUUUUUCAAGCUUCUUAUGUUCACACUGUGAAGAGACAGUUACUUCCUCUGCCUUUUAUUGGGUUUUAUCUUCAAACUACUAGUAUUUGGCUAUUUGCUAUAUCUUGUAUUAGUUUAUAUUUUGGUGGGUUAGAUUCAUAGUUCGUCACACCGUUGCGUUAGUUUUAUGUCACACCGUUGCGUCGGGUUUACGUCACACCAAUGAC